AUGUAUAAGUGGUUAAUUGUAUUUUUCAGUUUAUCAACUGUAAUUGUGUCUAAUUAUUUAACGGAAGCAUGUUUUGGUUGUUCAAAACAUACAUACAAACUAUAUUCGAAGCAUAUAAGAAACAUAGCUAGAUUGUCAGAUUUAAGAAAAUUAAAUGAUCUUGCUUUGAUUGGGACGCACGUAUCAUUCUCAUACAGGACGACUUUGGAAGAAAUAAAAAGUCAAGAACUUAAUAUCCACCAGCAAUUGAUGUCCGGGAUAAGAGUUUUCGACAUUCCUGUAAGGCCAAACGGUAACUCAUUUGAACUCUGUAUGAGUUACAUUUCUUUGAAUAUAGAUCUUCAUCGAGCAUUAAUUCCAAUGUAUAAGUUUCUCUAUAAUUACCCUCGUGAAUUUAUAAUAAUGAAUAUUUAUCAAGAUCCUGAUUCAAUUAUGUCUUAUAAUGAGCAAUUUUACACCAAUUGCGAAAUAAUUGAUUAUUACAUAAAACAUACUUAUGGUGGACGGUUUCUAACUACAAAUUGGACACUUGAAGAUCAUAUUAAAGAUCAUCGAGGUAAAAUACUGGUCGCCACUUCUGAUGAAUCAUUUUCAGGAUGUGCUUUCAAUAUUAACCAACAUUGUCUAGUUCAAAAAGACGAGAUGGUUCACAAGCAUAAAAAACCGCCACAUAUUUUUAACAAGUGGGAUUCUAUUUCGAAUUUGAUAAAAGACAGCCAACGUCAUUUUUUUAAAUGUUAUGUUAACGAUAUCAGCUUUUCUAACGGCAUACAUACCCGCCGAGCUAUUGCAAAAGAUGGUGGCUACGACUUCCGGUCACAAUGUCCUCGACCAAUGAAUGAAAUAAUGGCGGAAAAAUUCAUAAACCCACAUCGUGGUCUGCUACUCAUUUUUGUUGAUUUCGUAACUCAAAACUUGAUAGACGUUGUUCAUAAUAGUAAUCAUUACCAUCACCAUCAUGCUUCGCAUCAUGAGUCGUGCAAUUCUUUUCAAUAA